AUGCUUUUAUUCUUAAUCCUUGACUCUCUUUUUGUUGCCCUACUUCUCAUGCAUACUAAUAACAGGAAUGAUGAUGAGAUUCAUCGCAAUGCUGAAGGCUGUGAAUGGGUCUGUGGUCCUCACAACACCUGGUUGCCCAAAUAUGCUCAGACCAAUAACUUACCCUAUCCUUCUCGGAGGUCCAAUUUCUCACCAGUACCUCCCCAUGCUCAACUCGAUAUAGUAUGUAUUAUGUAUCUCAUGGAUUGUAAUUUUGUUGGGAUACAGCAGCCCUAUCAACAAGCAACUCAAACUCUGGGAGUGGGGCCUUCUAUAAUAAAUCCUGCAAGUGUUCUAUUACCUGCUGAUGACGAGGAUGACUUUCCACCGCCAUCAAAAAUACUGUCUGAAAUUGCACGCCCAGCUACUAAAGUAGGCGGUGCUCAUCAUUCUGUUUCCAAAGGUAAAGGCAAAGCAAAGGCUACUCCGGAUGUAGAUGACGAUGACACUGCUUCUCGGAAAUGCAAACGUGGUUCUCAGAAGGGACGUGUUAAGAUCAUGUACACCGUGUAA